CCACCAUCUCUCGCGACCUCAACAAUGCUAUCCCGCCGCGCCGCGCGCGUCCUGCGCGCCCUCGCGCCUCUCCGUCCCACCCCCGCGCCCUUGCUCUCCUCCUCUCGCCCCCACGCCCUCCGUCCCCUCCCCAACUCCCGCCACCACUCCUCGUCCCCGCCCCCAUUCACAACCGUCAACUCGGACGAGAUCGCCCACUUCUCCCGCCUCUCCGAGCACUGGUGGGACGAGAGCGGCGAAUUCGCGCUCCUGCACCGCAUGAACCCCGAGCGGGUCGAGUACGUGCGCCAAAAGGUCGCGCUGGACCCCGCCUCCGAACCGGAAUGGACGUUUGAAGGGCGGCACAACGACCGCGCGCGCGCAGAUGCCCGCGGCCAGGGGCGGUGGCUGUCCGGCCUGCGCGUGCUCGACGUCGGGUGUGGCGGGGGGCUGUUGGCUGAGUCUCUCGCGCGCCUCGGCGGCGACGUGCUCGCCAUCGACGCGUCGGCGCACAACAUCGCGAUCGCACGCACGCACGCCUCGCACGACCCGCAGCUCCCGUACGUGCACGAAGGUGCUUCGUCUCCACACUCGGCGGCGCCCGGCCGGCUGGAGUACCGGCACACGUCGGCCGAGGCGCUGCGCGACGCGGGCGAGUCGUUCGACGUCGUGUGCAGCAUGGAGGUGCUCGAGCACGUCGACGCGCCCGGCGGCUUCCUCCAGUGUCUGGGCGAUAUGGUGCGCCCGGGCGGACAUAUGGUGCUCUCGACCAUCUCGCGCACGCCGCUCGCCCAGCUCCUCACUCUUACGUUGGCCGAGGACGUCCUCCGCCUCGUCACGCCCGGCACGCAUACGUAUAGCAAGUUUGUCCGGCCAGAGGAGCUGCGCAGGUUCGUGUAUGCUGAAAUGGGCGGGUAUGAGGUCUGGGAGAGGCAGGAGGGCGCUGCGGAUAUCCGGACGAACGAGGUCGGCGAGACGCGCGGCAUCAUCUACGACCCCCUCGGCGGCCGCUGGCGCCUCACCCCCGGUGCGGAGGGGACGUGGUACAAGCCCCUCGGUGAGAUUGUCAACUACAUGUACCACGCAAAGAAGCGCGCGUAGGCGAUCCUUAGAGCGAGAUAGACGAUGCAUGUUCAGCAGCAGCUCGUAUAGACCAUGCCGUCGAGGUUUACAUGCGCGAUGGGUAUCCAUGAGCUAUU